CUGAGGGGAAUGUGCUAUUCUGAAACUACUGUAAAUGCUUGCACAAAUGUAUUCCAGCUUAAAUCCUUGUCCAAUCAUGCUUGUUUCAUUAUCGUAAACGUUUGAAGCCACCAAAUAUUAGUUUAACGUUUUUCUUUGCCAAAGUUCAUUAAUUGUUUACGCAUUAUGUUUGCUUAUCAUGCCCUUUCCCGUGUAUCACUGUCUUUGAAUGCUGUAUGAGAUUUUAAAAUGUAUGUAGGGCUAUAUUUAUUUAUCUGUGUAUUUAUUUCCAGCUAGUUUCCCUCCAUUCCAGUAUGGACACACCAAAUGCACUCCAGUGAUGAACUUUUUGUGCUCAGCUCUGGAAAUAACGGCCUCAUGGACAAUUUCCAACGCCAACAAUCUGUGUGGAAUUUAGUGCAGGAAAAUGUUCCCUGCUCUGAGCUUCCUGAGAUCCGAGCUGUACUUGGAGAUACAUUGAUUGAUACGUACACAGAGUUGUAUUCAGAGGUGGAGAUGUGGGAGAAGAUUUGGCAGGAUCUCCGUUACUCAGAGCGGGGCAGCAGGCCAGAAGCCCCUCUGUUCCCUCUGGCUGACCCGCCGGCUGUUAAAGAGUUGCUAAAAGCAGAGAUUCGGUUGUUGCUGCUCACACUGAGGGAAAAAGCAGCCAGACAGGGCAGGGAUGAAGAGGAGGUCAUGUCCCAGUACAAUCCUAGUGUGGUGAGUUACGCACUGUGCAGCAGUAGCACACAGAGACAGGGGAGUCCAGGCAGCUGGUGUGAAAAGAAAUUACCUUCCAGGCCCCCAUCAAGCCAGAGCGAGAUUGGAAGCAGGUCAGUCUCCAGCCUCUCAUCUCACUCCAGCUGUGAGGAAGAAAUCAAGGCCUUAAGACACAAGUUAAACAUCACCCAUAUAGAUGAAGUUGUGACCCAUCUCAGGUCAGUCCUAACCGAAGAAUCUGAAGCAUUGAAAAGAGAUGUGCAGGUCCUGCAGGAAAACCUUGAGACUGAGAGAGCCAGUACUCAGACAGAUCCCACCGUAGCAGAGCUCAAAGAGGAACGGAGACUCAUUCAAAGGGAUCUGAACAUCAAGAGUUUAAUAAGCUGCUCCUACAACACAAUUAAUCAGAGUACCAGAAACUCACAAAUCCAUGCAAGGGAGAUGAGUGAAAUUGCACUUUCUGCAAAUGAUUCAGAAAGACCAACAUUUCCUCAUUUGAAACCCUGUCCACCCAGAGACACAAACCACAUCAGGAGCAAUCUACCACUAAUGAGCUCUCCAAGCGCUGAAUCCACGAGACAUACUUCUGCUUUGGAACAAGGAGACAAAGAGUGCAAGUACAGAGGACAUUCAGUAAGAGCUUCAGCCUUCAGACUGGUACCAGCAGCCUCAGUCAGAGCAUCUGGAGCCGUCAAAGACUUCCUUCUAAAGAUGGAGGUGACCAGAAACGGUGACCUAGACCGUUUCCAGCCCGCUCCUCCUGCAGUGCAGAGAACAGCCAGCAGGGGGAGAAACAGACACCUGUGUAUUCCCCAGCCCGACAGUCUGCUCAGCUCUCUGUGAGAAUCACUGUAUGCGGGUCAGCUGGACAUUUCAGUUCAAGUAUGUUUUAAUUGUUUGUCAUUAAAACACUUUUUUUUUUUUUUUUUCCAGGAAAAAAAACACAGCCCUUACCCAUAGAGAUAAAACACAAACCACAAGUUGAUCUUUAAAAUAAACUUUAUUUACCAUUUCAAAUUGAACAGUUUAAGAUAUACAGCUGACAUGACUAAGACAAUUUCAAUGAAGUUUGGCCCUAAAAUGGAAAAGACAUGGUUAGAUAUGUUUGAUAAAGUACUGAGCUCAUGUCAUUGUCCUUGUCUUUCUACUUCACUGUUUUAUAUUGCCAUGAGCAGCACAAGUACACACACACUAUUGUGAUGACAUCUCUUCUUUUAGGAUACAGGACAUGGGAGAGACAGGUUUCAUUUUUUGCAGUUAUGUAUUAUUUUCUGUUGUCUUCAAACACGUAUAUAUAAUAUAUAUUUAUAAAGUGCCGUAACAACAUGAAAAUACAUGAUGCUGUUUUGAAUAACAUUUCGGUAAGUACAGUAAAUGAAAAACUUCACAGUUUCAUUUCAGAUGUGCUGAUUCUGUUUAUAGUUUACUUUAUCCAGCCACAAAAUUGUGCUCAGUAGAUAUUACCAUCUAGAACCUAGAGGUAUUUAUGUGCAUUUUUCCCACCAAAUUCUAGUAUUUUUGUUUUGCUUGUUCUAAACACAGCCCCGUCAUGUCAUUUUACAAACUAAUUGCUGAGGGCCAAGUCAAAUUAGGAGCGAAGUCCAUUUAAAAGUGUUUGGUUUUUUCCUUUCCAAUAGCAGAUUGACAUGACAUGUUAAUAUAAAAUAAAAAUUUCCAAACUAUUAAUACAGUUUGAAAUUAUUCAAAGAUCAGCAUACAUGUUAAAACGUUCUUUCAAGGCAAUCAAAUGUGCUUUCUCUGUUUCUUUUUUACAUUGUGCAGAAUACAUGAAACUGUGAAUGAAAUGUCCUUAAAGGGUUUUGCAGCACUACAAAUACACUUGUUUACAAUACUGAGAUGAAGAUAUAACAUUGUUGGCUUUAGACUGUGUCCUUUCUCAUCAAUAAACGAUUUCUGUUUGACCAGACACUCGUGUAAAAAGCAUUCCUGUAUUUUUCAAGUUUCAGUCCAAAGCCAUUGUUUGGCAAUGUGUUUGAGAUCAGCUGGCUUGAGGUUUUGGGGGAAAAGAGUGUAGUGUCACUGAACAUAGCUAAAAAUGAUUACAACUGAUGAUAAAAUACAGUUUUAGUACUAUAAAAAUAAAAAGGAAAAAUCUCUUAGAAAGGUAGAUUUCUGUUAAAUGGCAAAAAUGGAUAAUUACAUACUGAUUAAAAUUACGACAUCAAUAGUGACACUAACAUGAACUAGGUUUGACUCAGAACGUCCACUACACAGAGCACUCUGUACACAUAACAUUAGCUACGUUACCACAAGAAAAAGUAAAAACAACUAAAAAUGAACCCCACUACAGCAACCCACCCUGAUAAAAACAGAAAACACAAACAUCAGUUGAUUUUUUGUCUUUUUUUUCUUUUCUUUUUUUACAUUACUGUACAACGGAGAGAGAGGACUAAUAGAGGUGUGGAACAGUGCAAGAACAGCACUGAUGCAUAACAUGUCUACUGUUAUAUAAAGAGUUUGCAUGUCAAGGUCUGUUCGCAUUGCAGUACCUAGAGACAGACACAUGGACUUCAUGCCACGUUCAAGGUCUGAGGACCAAACAUCAGACAAACGAGAGGGCUUCAAUCUUGUGCAUUCACAUUUGCGACAGCGAUUAAUUAUACUGCAGCUACUGUGCACGUAGCCAGCUAAAGUGAACCAGUAAAUAAAAGUGCUAUUAGUCUCACGACACCUAAAUUGCUGCUCUAAUCUACUGCACCCGCUGUCUAACAGGGGAAAAGCUAGAGUCUGUGACCUGCAUGUAUGGUUGUGCUAUGACCUCACAAAGACCAAUGAACCUCUAACUACUCCCCUGAGUGUCUGAUAUCUCCUGUUAGGCAGCAGGGUUACUUUUAUUUUUGUUGCAUCUCUCAAUUUUUUUUUCUUCUCUCUGGCUACUUUUUAAAGUUAGAUUUUGUUUUGUAUAUUUUUGGAUAAAAUCUUAUAUAUAUAUAUAUAUAUAUAUAUAUAUAUAUAUAUCUUACCUUCAUGCAAAGAUUAAUUAAAUGUACAUAUAACAAUGAUCUAGACUAUUAUGCCAUCAGAUUUAGAAUACUGACUUUAUCUGUGACCUGAUCCGUCAUUUUGAGUCGUUUUUCACCCAGAAGCACAUGAGUUUUAUGAACUAAAUGAAAAUAUCUAUAAAAAUGAUUAUAUAUAAUUAUGUUUAUGCUGAGUUAUAAUUAAAUGGUCUGUCAAAAACACUUGUUUUGACAUCAAGUUUCCAAACAAUUUCAGGCAUUUUUUUAAUAGAUUUUAGAGAUUAGUCAAAGUAAUAAAAACAUCAAUAACAUGUUACGUAAAAUUUAAUGAAUUUAGGUAUGAUUUUUUUCCCCCAACUAACUUUAUUAACAAGCAAUAAACACUGACAUGACUUUCCUGAGGUAAAUGUAGUCAGGUGAUGUUUGUUCACGAGCUGUUUUAUUAACGUCUUUCCGCAAUUGAAACACGAUUACAUGAGAGACGAUACGUUCGGUAAGUUGUACUGUAUCUUUCAACAUAUCUUCUGAUUAGGGUGACCAUAUGUCAUGUUUUUCCCGGGACAGUCCCGUAUUUCAGCUUCAGUCCCGUAUUUUUAGAAAAAAUACAAUUUCUUUUUAUUAAGAAAAAAAACAUGUUUUGUCCCGUAUUUCAUCUUUCCUAAAAUUUCGUUACUACUGAUAGAAUGAGUAGUGUUCUGUCACGCGAGAACAGCCCUAUCAAAUUCGUCACAGAACAAUCAAAAUUCGUUAUCGAUUACCUUGCCGUUAGUGAAGGCUGGAUAGGCGGAAUCGCGCUGAAUGACACACCAGAAGCGCUCUCUCGCGCGCGCGCGCGCUCUCUCUCUCUCUCUCUCUCUCUCUCUCUUUCCUUGCGCGCGAUUCCAGUUCUCUCAGACAGCGAUCGGUUCUCCUUGCGCCUGAAUGGUCAGAUGCACACAUAGUUGCCAAAAUGUCCAUCGUGUGGAGUAUCUCAUGUAAAUACAGUCGGUUAUGGCUUAAGUGGACGUAAACAGGUAGGUGAAAACCGGAUUUGUGUCAGUAUAUUACAUUCAUGAAUUCGGCCUUAAAGGGACAGUAGCCUAAUUAAAUAUUUGUCUGUCAUUAAUGUUAAUCAAACAACAAAAUAUGUUAAAUAAAUGUAUACAUGGUAAACAAACCUACUGUAUCUGAAAAACAAGUUUAUUCAAUUUUGUAUCUCUAUUGUAUUUGUUGUAUUGUUUGUAAACUUCUAUUUUUAAUAUUAUAUAUAUAUAUA